UGACUGCGGGAGGGAGGUGACUGUGGGCGCUGUUUAGAUCCUCGUUCUUCUCCAAGCGUGAGGGUUUAACUCACUUUCCUUCCUUCGACCGCACUCAGCUUCACCGCGGAGCCGAAACGGGAGGACUUCCGGCCGGGGAAGUGUGCGGGCACGACGGACUGCUUUCUGGAAGAUGUCUCGCAUACUUGUUCCGACGUAGGGGGAGUGUGCAGCCGCCAGUAGGCUCGACUUGCUAGCUAGCUGUGUGAGUGGAGGGCUGCGGGCCCUCCUCAGCCUCGGCUAGCUCCUGCAGCUGGGCGACACACCGUGGGACAGCGGCCGCCUGACAACUGCACAGCCGGGGUGUGAGCAGGCCGGCCCGGACCCACCGGAACCCCCCGGGCUCGACCCCCUUACCGGCGCUGGCUCGGGCGGCUGGUAGCGGCGUCUGAACUCGCAUCCGCCCGGACAAGAAGACACGGGAGUACGGCGCUGCGCUACGAGCUCAUGAAACGAAACGGGAGACCCAGAGAGGAAGAGGGAUGGCGCAGAUUCAUCUCGAUUACAGUUGAGUGAAACAGAUGAAAGUGUGCUCUCUAACAUGAUCUAAGCUGCUGCGGCUGCAACCAGCUCGUCCCCUUUUCCCGCGGAGGAUAAACAUAGACAUACCGGUGGGGGGAGAGACUCGGAAUCCGGCUCUCAACAUGUCGAAAAUGCCGGCCAAGAAGAAGAGCUGCUUCCAGAUCACAAGUGUGACUCAGGCCCAGGUGGCGGGGAUCGGUGCCGCGGACGACACGGAGAGUCUGGACGACCCGGACGAGUCCCGGACCGAGGACGGCUCGUCGGAGAUUUACGACGUGUCCCGGGCCGAGUACGAGCCUGCGUGUGACAGGAGCUCGUCCGAGGAAGCGCUGAACAACGCCGGAGAGCCGGAGGCGAUCGGCGCCGUGGCCCCAGCUCACAUACCUCAAGCCGGUCACCUGUCUGCGCUGUCAGGCACUUCCGCGGGGGAGUUCCGAAAAGUGCCGGGCUCAGCUCAAGGUGGCCAGCAACCCACUGGUUCACCCAGCAUCCCUCAGCCGGGAGCAGGGCAUCACCAGCCUGCUCCGGCACCCAGCGUGCCAGCCAACCCAUCCCACCCUGCUGCGGUGACCACUUCAGCUGCUCCUCCUCCUCCGGCCACCUCCACGGUGAGCUGCACGUCACGCUUCAGGGUCAUCAAGCUCGACCACGGUACUGGAGAGCCCUUCCGGAGAGGCCGCUGGACGUGCACGGAGUUUUAUGAGAAGGACUCUGAGAGCUCUGGAGUCGGAAGGACUGUAGACAGCAUCAGGCAUGCCAGUGCCACACUGGACCCUGCUGCAGACAGGGACAGUGGGCUCAGCCUCACCGGGGGCUCCGUGGCGUCCUCAGGUCAGGGCUUGGGCUCCGUGGCUGAUGCUUCUCUCCCAUCAUCCCGCAUGCAUUCAGCGGAGACACUACCGCAGCAGCAGCAGCAGCAGCAAAUCCACCAUCAGAACUUCAGACAACAGCCUACUGCUGCUCCGGGUCAGCAACCAGUGGGAGGUCUCCAACCCUCUGCCCCACAGAGUGUGCUGCCAGUCGGACUAAAUGGCCUGCCUCUAUCUGGUGUCAUCCUCCAGAAGACCUCCAUCAUGCCUCCCAUAGCCCAGCCCAGCACUUACUCUCCUCCGCAGCACCAGCUUCCCAUUGGCCACCUCUUGACCGGCCAGCCAUCUGGACUGUAUCAGAACCAGACGGAGUACUAUCAGCAGCAGCACGCUGCUUCCAUGCAGCCCGGGCUUUCCACCAGCCAGGCCCUCCCGGUGUCCGGAUUGCAGCCUGGGAGCCAAGGGCCUGCUUCGGUCAUUCCUCCAACCUCUGGAGGAGCGUCUGUCCCAAGUCAGGUGGGAGAUCUUGUCGGAGCAGGAGGGGGAUCCCUGACCACUGGACAACCAGCUCCGGGACACCUGCAGCAGCAGAAUGUUGGAAUGGGAGGUGUCGCUGGCUCCAUGCUGGUUGGUGGAUCCAUUCUCCAGCAGCAGACCGUGAGUCCGUACGCCCCCGCUGGACAGCCUCAGCCCCACGGCCUCCACCCUGCAUCCUCCAGUGUACAAAACGUGCCUGUCAUGGCAGUGGGCUCCAGUGUGCCCCCCACUGCGCCCACCGCUGUGCCCAGUGCCUCCAGUGCAGCCAUGCCAAAUGUGACAGCUUCCAGUUUGCCUCUGGGUCAGAUACCCCACAAUAUGACUUCCCUGGUGCUGGGGGCGCAGGGUCUCCCAGCACCUGGAUUUGGACAGGUGGAGGGGGGCGGUGGUCUCGUCAACGCACAGUCUCCCGUGGUCUCCGGGAAAGAACCGGUGAAGCCCUUCAUGCCUGAGGGCCUCCAGCUCACCACUCCAGCUGUCAACAGCCUGUUUGGAAUCCACAUACCUGUCGACGGGGAGGAGGACAGUGCCUCUGGAACCAAUGUCGUUGCCAUUGAUAAUAAAAUAGAACAGGCUAUGGACCUGGUGAAAAGCCAUCUGAUGUAUGCAGUGCGUGAAGAGGUGGAGGUCUUGAAGGAGCAGAUCAAGGAGCUGUUUGAGAGGAACUCUAUGCUGGAGCGGGAGAAUGCCGUGUUGAAAUCUGUGGCCAACAGCGAGCAGCUGUCUCAGCUGUCCACCCAGCCGGCCGCCAGCUCGGGUGCCACGCCUCCCCAGCAAGGACUCAGCCACCACCAGCAACAGGCCCUGCCUCCGCUUCAAGCUCUAGUUCCGCCACAGUCGCAGCCCCAGCUCCAGCACCAACCCAAACCCCAGCAGCUCCAGACUCAGCCCCAGCUCGACCCAGGCCAACAACAACAACUGCAACCCAAUGUCACCUCUGCUUGAAGUGCAUCUGCCCCAUGCGACGCAAAAAGAGCAUCUUCUCUACAGCUUAUUACAGUUAGUGUAUGUGAAAAUAAAAAGAAGAAAAAAAACUUUGUUCUUCUUAGCCACCAGCUUGACCACAAAGUACAGUGCUUGUGUGUAUGUGUGUGUGCGUGAGGGUGAGUUAGCAAGGACGUGUGAAUUUGGUGUUGGAAUGUGUAUGCAUCUGUACUGUGGGCCUUUCCAGUGUUAAUGCAAUCAUCAAGAGAGACCGAGACGGAGAGACUUGGACAGAGGAAGUGUGUGUAGAGAGAGUGUGUAGAGACAGAGUGUCCGGGGAAGGUUGGGCUGGUUUCAUCGUGUCGGGUCGGCCGCUGGUUCCGGGCUCAUACAGACCACGUCAUGUAUCGGACCGGGCCUCGGAGACGACCUACGACUGGACCUGAAGUCUGCUCUGCCUGCGGGUGUUGGAAAGGGAGGAGUACACCUCACAUAAGGAACAAAUGAGAGUGAUUGUCAAAAAAAAAAAAAAAGAGUGAUUAUUUUUUUAAACAAGACAAUUGGGUGGGUAAAGAGUUAUUUUUAGCCUUGCUGUUUCAUGUAAAGUAAGAAGUGGGAGAGAGAGUCUGUUUUUCUUUUUUGAGCGCCACAUCGCUGCCGUUACUUUCACAUCAUGUCCAUCUCUGGCAUCGCUCUUCAGAGUCUUACUGUCAAGUGUUUUAUUUAUUACGGGGCUGCUAUUUUCAUUCAUGAACAAUUAUCACGAAAACCAGUAGCCCUUUGACUUCGUUCCUCUUUUCUUUUACAGUGUUCAGCAGAUUGGCCACAUGUCCCAGGGGGCAAGGCUUUAUAUUGGGCAAGAGUGUUGCCAAAACCAAUUCUGACAAAUGUUUAACACUAACUCCGAAUUUUGGGCUGCGAUCGCCUGUUCAGAGCUCCAGUCCAGAUCCAGAAGGUACAUUUGUUUAGUAUAAAGCAUCAUAACUCCUGUCGACAGCAAAUCUAAACGUGAGCCUGCACACACAACAUUUGAAGAUUCGAUUGUCUGUAGUUUAUAUAAAAGUGAAUUAGUAUUGCCACACCCCCCAUCAUUGUUCCUCCAUUGUUUUUCCUGAGGGGGGCAUGGGGGGAAAAGCUGUGAAAUCAUUCAUCCUACUUUGUAACCAAAGAUGCAAAGCUGUGUAAAUGGAUUAUUUUUAAAUGCACACAUGUAUUUUUGUUUUUCGUUUUGUUACUUCCUCUUUCACAGAAUCUUUUUUUGUUGCUGUUCGGCAUGUUCUGCAUGAGCUGUAAUCUUCAAACCACUUUCUUACCUCAUUUUUAUUCAGCACUCUUAUUGUAAGAUAGUCUGUGAACAGUGUAAAUGGGGG